AUGGGUAUUUUAGAAAAAAUCAAGGAUAUCGAGGCUGAAAUGUCUCGUACCCAAAAAAAUAAAGCCACAGAGCAUCAUUUGGGUAUGUUAAAAGCAAAAUUGGCUAAAUUAAGACAACAAUUAUUAGAACCACCAAAGUCAUCAGGUAAAGCAGGUGAUGGUUUUGAAGUAUUAAAGUCAGGUGAUGCUAGAGUUGCAUUAAUUGGUUUCCCAUCAGUAGGUAAAAGUACAAUUUUAACAAAACUUACAGAAACAGAAUCAUUAGCAGCAGCAUAUGAAUUCACAACACUUACAUGUAUUCCAGGUGUUAUUCAAUAUCAUGGUGCAAGAAUUCAACUUUUAGAUACACCAGGUAUUAUUGAAGGUGCCUCACAAGGUAGAGGUAGAGGUAGACAAGUUAUUUCAGUCGCAAGAACUGCAGAUUUAAUUUUAAUGAUGUUGGAUGCAAAUAAAGGUGAAAUACAAAAAAGAUUAUUAGAGGAAGAGUUAGAAGCAAUUGGUAUUCGUUUAAAUUCCCAACCACCAAAUAUUUAUUUCAAAGCUAAAACUGCUGGUGGUGUAAAUUUCACAGCUACCCAAGCACUCACCAAAACAACCGAAAAAUUAGUUAAAUCAAUUUUACAUGAAUAUAAAAUUUUCAAUUGCGAUUUAGUUAUUCGUUGUGAUCCAACUGUAGAUGAAGUAAUUGAUGCUAUCGAAGGUAGACGUUCAUAUAUUAGAUGUCUCUAUGUAUAUAAUAAAAUGGAUCAUAUGUCAAUGGAAGAUGUUGAUAGACUUUCAAGACAACCACAUUCAGUUGUUAUUAGUUGCAAUAUGAACUUAAAUUUAGAUUUCUUAUUAGAUAAAAUUUGGGAUUAUUUAAAUUUAGUCCGUGUUUAUACCAAAUUAAGAGGUGCUCCACCAGAUUUCAAUGAUGCACUCAUUCUUAGACAAGGUGCAACCAUGGAGGAUGUUUGUAGAUAUCUCCAUAAAGAAUUGGUAUCACAACAUAAAUAUACAAUUGUUUGGGGUCUCAGUGCUAAACAUUGCCCACAAAGGGUUGGUAUUUCACACGUUUUAGAAGAUGAAGAUGUUAUUCAAAUUGUUAAGAAAUAA